GAAGACCUUUUUUUCUUAGCUUCAGAAUUCAAAACAAUCAUUUACGCUUUAUAAAUUUGGUUGGCACAAAUUAUGAGAUAAAUUAUUUAUUCCAAUGGAUUUGCAGUUGAAAAUCAACCCUUUUGUUCCUGGACAUACUGAGUCCAUCUAUGUCAUAUAUAUAAUGUUAUCGGCUUCUAGUUACUUACUGAAGCUGAUUAAUCAAACUUCUCAGUUGUAACUAUAUACACACGCCAAAUUCUUGCUUUUAUAGGGGAAUUUUCAUUGGUACAAGAGACCAUUGCCAACUUCAGUUAUGCUCUUGCCCACCAACUGUUUGAUCUAUUGCCUUACCGUUUUUUAAUGGGCAAAUCUUGUUAAAUCAGGUUUAGAUGUGUUGAGUGAAAAAUGUGGCGAAAUCUUGCCACAGAUCGUAAUAGCUACAUCAUGCAAUUCAGAUUUUAUAGCUCUAAAGUUGACUGGAAAAAGCUAAGGCCUAUGAUAUUGAAGAGAGUAGAAAAUAGAGCAAAGGUGUAUCCUAUUCAAGAAAUGCUUCCCCUUGCGCAAGAAGUCCUUGGAGUCAGAAUGCUUCUUAUUCAAGGGAUAUCUAUUCUCACCCGGGUGAUUCCAGUGGUUGCCUGCAAGUUCUGUCCAGAAGUAUACAUUGGUGAGAAAGGCCAUUUAAUUAAGACUUGCUGGGGUUACAGGCGUGGCCCUAAAAAUCAGGUUCAUGAAUGGAUUACUGGUGGUCUAAAUGAUAUAGUUGUCCCAGCAGAGACAUUUCGCCUGGAUAAUAUGUUCCAAAAGAUUAUCAAACAUGACCAAAGAUUUGAUUUUGAUCGUGUUCCUGCAGUUGUUGAGCUAUGCAGGCAAGCAGGUGCUGAGGUAUCUUCGGAAAUUGUCAUCGGUGAUUCUGAUGAAGCUCAGUCUUUGUCACCUUCGGAUCUUGUGUUUGUAGCUAAUAAAACUUUGAGAGCAUGGGAGACAGUUAGAUCAGGUGUGCAGAAGUUGUUGUUUGUUUAUCCUUCAAAAGUUUGCAAACAUUGUUCAGAAGUUCAUGUUGGGCCAUCCGGACAUAAGGCUCGCCUUUGUGGGAUAUUUAAGUAUGAGAGUUGGCGUGGAACACACUUCUGGAAGAAGGCAGGGGUAGAUGAUUUGGUGCCUCCUAAGAUUGUGUGGCGGAGACGGCCACAAGAUCCUCCAGUUCUUUUGGAUGAAUGGCGGAAUUUUUAUGGACAUGCACCAGCUGUCGUGGAUCUGUUCACAAAGGCUGGUGCUAUUGCACCUACAAAAUAUUACUGCAUGAUGAAAGUUCAGGGUUUAACAAAGCAUGUUUGAUUUUUUAUGUCCAUUGCUUCGAGCCUUAACACUCUGUUUGGAUGGGUAGAAAGUUUUGGAGGAAGGAAAAUAGCCAUGUAAAAUAACUGGGGAAGGGGAUUUUCCAUUAUUUGGAAGCUUCAAGGAAAAUUGCUAGGGAAAGAAAAUUUACUGUAAAAUCCUCCCGGGCACACCAAACUCCAGUCUCUCAAAAUCAGAGAGAAAAUAACAUCUGUGAAGGAAACUUUCACUGUUUCUAGAAAUUACAAAAAUACCCCAUUGCCCUACCUUCACUGAUUCACUUCUGUAAAUCCAAGUUACAGCUAUUGAUCUCGCUUUCACCUCCACCAUUCUCCACUUUCUCUACCAUUCAUAUCAAUCUCGAGGUAAACUUCAUCUACUCUUUCAAUAUUUGUUUCUACUCUUUUAAUCUGUAAAUUAUUAUAGAAAAAAUAUGGGUCUUUGCUGUGUUGAAUCCGAAAGAUUGCCUCAAGCUUCCUUAUCUUGUUUGAUUCUGUCUAUUAAAUCACUGUUUAGUUGCAAUCUUAUCUUGCCUCUCUUGAAGUUCAAA